AUGGCUUCAAGUCCUGCCAGGAACUGCUCUCAAGUCGACAAUACGUUCGGUCCCUGGGCUGGAGCGGAUUGUCGAAGUGGAUUUGACUUUACAUUACUCUUCGAGGAGGCAUUUUUUUCCAUACUGCCCCUUGCAUUUAUCCUUUGCAUCACCCCAUUUCGCUUCGUCUACUUGUGGAAACGUUCGAAAAAGCUCAAGACGUCGAAGUUGCGGUUCACAAAGCUGCUAUUAUGGACUAUCCUCAUCAUGUUCGACAUAGCCCAUCUGGCUCUAUGGGUCAAGCACCGAGGAGCCCCGAAUCGUGCCGCUACCCCCGCUGCUGCAAUCAGCCUCGUUGGCUCCAUCGUCCUCCUCGCACUCUCAGACUUCGAACAUAUGCGAACUGUACGGCCGUCGUGGCUUCUUAACAUAUAUCUUCUACUCACCGUCAUUCUCGACAUCGCGCGAUCGCGUACCUAUUCACUCAGUCCCGACCUCGACGCUGUUGCUACGGUCUUCACUUCGCGCGUCGCCGUAAAAUUGAUACUAGCGAUUGCUGAGGCACGGCCGAAGGAGCGACUGCUACUUCCUCAGUUCACAGACCGCACACCUGAGACCACCAGUGGCCCUUACAAGCGCGCAUUAUUUUGGUGGCUCAAUGCGUUAUUGAAGAAGGGAUACACCGAGUCGUUGACGGUAGACGAUCUUUUCCAACUCGACAAACACCUCCAGUCGGACCGUCUACACCAUCUUCUGGGAUCAUCAUGGGACCGAUUAACGCGCCCAGGUCCACACGCGCUCUUUGUGACCACUUUGAGGAAGCUGAAAUGGCCAGUGUUGGCUGUGGUCCCUCCUCGGCUCUGCCUCAUUGGCUUCAACUUCUGCCAACCGUUCUUGAUCAAUCGAGCUGUGACAUUCUCUCAGCAGGCUGUCACACCCCAGACGACAAAUAUUGGCUAUGGACUGAUUGGCGCAUAUGUCAUAGUCUUCGUUGGAAUUGCUGUGUCCACGGGCCAAUAUCAGCACAAGACAUUCAGAUUCAUUACCAUGAUGCGCGGAGGGCUAAUCUCGAUGCUCUACGGCAAAGCCACUGGUGUUGCUUUAACAGAUGUUGACACGGCCUCGUCGCUAACCUUGAUGAGCGCGGACAUCGAGCGCAUUGUUACUGGAAUGGAGACUGGUCAUGAGGUAUGGUCGAACACCCUCGAGAUCGGUUUGGCAAUGUACCUCCUCCAGCGAGAGCUCGGUGUGGCUUGUGCUAUUCCCAUAGGAGUCGCCAUACUCUCUUUUCUCGCAUCUCUGGGCGCGACCAGUCUUGUCAUGCAACGCCAGGCGCUCUGGCUUGAGGCCAUCGAGCGUCGCAUCGCCGCAACUGGCGCUAUGCUCGACUCGAUGAAAGGUGUCAAGAUGUGCGGUCUCACCGACGUGUUGCGAGACGACUUGCAGCGACUUCGAAUUGACGAGCUUGAGAUUUCGAAGAAGUUCAGGAAGCUCUUGAUUUGGACUAUGAUGAUCUCCUACGUUUCGCCAAUAGUGUCGCCCAUCCUUGCCUUCACGGUGUUCUCUCUCCUUGCUGAGAAGAGUGGCGGGACGAGCACACUCGAUACAGCGACAGUCUUCACUUCGUUGUCUCUUUUCACUCUUCUUGCGGAACCGCUCAGCUCGCUGAUAAUGGCGUUGAUGUCGCUUAUGGGUGGAGUCGGCUCGUUCAAGCGGAUCCAAGAAUUCAUUUCCAUGGAAGCUCGUGCUGAAAGGCGCAAAUUUCCUUCCCUUCAUGGUAGUGUCGCAUCGAGUGUCAGUAUCGACACAAACUCCGAAAAGGGGUCUGAACUGUCGCAGAAGGACGAUUUUGCCGAGGAGGUUUUUGGUAUGCAUUCUUUGGGGUCCCAUGCCAUUGUUAUAGAGCACGGACUCUUCGGGUGGGACAAAAGCAAAGGAUCGGCUACCCUGCAGGACAUCAACAUGAUCGUCCCGCGUGGGAAGAUUACCAUGGUCGUGGGUCCUGUGGGGUGUGGCAAGUCAACCCUGCUCAAAGCGGUACUUGGGGAGUUGCCGGUGAUGGGCGGUACAUUACAGCUAUCAUCCCUGCGGAUCGCCUUGUGCGACCAGACUGCGUGGCACGUGAACGGCACAGUGCAGCAAAGCAUCACCGGUUCGAGUGCAUAUGAUCUACGGUGGUACUCAUCUGUAGUCCGCAGCUGCGCAUUAGAUGAAGAUCUCCGCCAAUUGCCCCAAGGAGAUCAGACGCAGAUUGGAAGCAAGGGUAUUGCAUUGAGCGGUGGUCAAAGCCAACGCAUAGCGCUUGCAAGAGCUAUAUAUGCGCAAAAGGACAUUGUCAUCCUUGAUGACUGUCUCAGCGGUCUUGAUGGUCAGACUGAGAACAAGAUAUGGCAUGGUCUUUUCGGUCGUGAUGGUCUCUUGAAGCGGUGUAGAACUACCGUAAUCAUUGCGUCUUCCUCGACCGAACAAGGCACUUUUGAGAAACUCAACCUGUCUGGCGGCUACGUGUCGGGGUUCGACCUUGCGCUGCCAGACUGGGACUUCACUCCAGAGAAGCACGAGUACGAGGCGCCGCCAAGAUACACCGAGCAACAGGUAGGCAAACAUGUCACCGAAGAAGAGAUUCAGGCAGAGGCAAAUCGUCGCACCGGCGAUAUAGCCAUAUAUCGAUACUACGUGGGCUCGGUAGGCUGGAUACCUACCCUCGUCUUUAUUAUUUCUUGCUCCAUCUUCAUCUUUGGCAUUUCGUUUCCAUCCAUCUGGGUCAAGAUGUGGGCUGAAUACAAUGAGGAUCACCCUAAUAAGCGUCUCGGAUUCUACCUCGGCAUCUACUCGAUGCUUGGAGCUCUUUCAUUUGGGUUUCUGGGUGUCAGUUGCUGGCAAUUAAUCAUCACUAUGGUGCCGCGGUCGGGCGUUGCCUUCCACAAAAAGCUCCUCAACACGGUUCUUGGAUCACCUAUGUCUUUCUUUUCGACUGUCGACACCGGAGUCACCCUGAAUCGCUUCAGCCAGGAUCUCAUGCUCAUCGACAUGGAGCUGCCCAUCACAGCGCUCAACACUUUCGCCACUUUCAUGCUUUGUAUUGCCCAGAUGGUGCUCAUCGCAGUGGCAGCACCUUUUGCAGCCAUCUCUUUCCCCAUCGUGAGCAUCAUUGUCUACUUCGUUCAAAGGUUCUACCUGCGCACGUCGCGCCAACUGCGAUUUCUCGAUCUGGAAGCCAAGUCGCCUCUAUAUACACAAUUUAAUGAGAUACUGGAGGGUUUGGCGACCAUCCGAGCGUUUGGCUGGCAAAGCUUUGUGGAGGAGAAGGCCAAGGAUCUGCUCGAUCGCAGUCAGCGCCCGUUCUACCUUCUCUUCGCGGUACAGCGAUGGCUGACGCUGGUCUUGGAUUUUGUUGUCGCAGGUAUUGCAACUAUUCUCAUUGUCCUCGUUGUAGUGUUGCGCGGUAAGCUGAGCGCUGGAUAUGUUGGUGUCGCGCUCCUCAACGUUGUGCUCUUUUCACAAAGUAUCAAGCUGCUCAUCACCUUUUGGACGCAGCUCGAAACACAUAUCGGUAGUGUGGCGAGGAUCAAGAACUUCACUACCGACCCCACAGCUGAAGACAAGGACACUGAGGACCAUAUCCCUCCGGCCACCUGGCCCAGCCGGGGCAAGAUUGAGUUCAACGACAUCACAGCAUUCCAUCGGCCCGGCGAGCCAGUCGUACAAGACUUCUCGCUCACGAUUAAGCAAGGGGAGAAAGUUGCAAUCGUAGGCCGCACAGGAAGUGGCAAAUCUUCCCUCGUCUUAUCCUUGUUUCGCAUGGUCGAACUGUCUCAUGGCACCGUCACCAUCGACGCCCUUCCGAUACAUCGACUGCCGCGUCAAACAAUCCGGUCUCGGCUCAUCGGCUUGCCGCAAGACGCUUACUUGCUGCCUGGCUCAGUCAGGUUGAACGCGGACCCGCUAAAGCAGAGUAACGAUAAAGCAAUCAUCCAGGCGCUCAAGGAUGUGACCUUGUGGGAUGAAGUAAUUGUGGCUAAAGGCGAUGCCGAUAAGUACGAUCAUCCGCUUGAUGUAUUGGUCGAGGAGUUGCAUUUGAGUCAUGGCCAGCGGCAGCUGUUCUGCAUUGCGAGAGCGCUGCUGAGGAGAUCCACGAGCAAUGUUCUCGUGCUUGACGAGGCUACAUCGAAUCUCGACGCCGCCUCCGACUCCAUCGUACAGCGCCUCCUUCGCCAGAAAUUCUCCAGCCAUACUAUCAUCGCAGUCGCGCACAGACUGGACACCAUCCUUGAUUUUGACAAGGUUGUGGUCAUGAAUCAAGGUUCGCUUGUCGAGUAUGGUAAACCACAUCGUCUCCUAGACCAGGAGGGUAGCUGGUUCAAGAGCCUGUAUGAGGAUAUCACCAGCAGUGGAGGUGAGGGAGAAGAUGACAUCACACAGAUUGAGUAG